AACCCUAUGCACCAAACUCACCUCCAUUGUCUACCGUAAUUACAUUCAAUUACGUUCCGUUGUUACAAAAUCCUCCGUUACACCUUGCUAUUCUUGUUGCAAAAGAUUCUAAAUGUGUAAUUGAUGCACCAAAGGAAAAGGUUCUCAACGGAGAGAAUACUUUGGAAGCCGUAGAAGCAAAAUUUAGGUGUGCCGCAUAUUUAUGGCAAGCAUUUACUGCUGAACAGAUGAACCGUAACGGAUUUGGUAGAAGGGUCUUCCGAUUGGAAGAAGAAUGGCAACCAGACACGCUCACCACUCAAGAUUCGUCUUUACGCCAAACCGCCAAAAUUCACAUUGUUCGCACAAAGUACACUUUAGAAGAAUUAUUGGAUCCUGAAAGAGCUCAGCAAUACCAUCCGCCUCCAGGAACACCUCCUACUGACAAAGAAGAUCUAUAUUCGAUUUUUAUGGGAGCCCUAGAGGAUUAUGGUGCACCUUUUAACAAAAAUUGUCAUGUUGCAGGGUUGAUCCUUGAUACACAUUGGGACCCUAAAAUGAAACUGAUCAGAGGACAUGCAGCUCUAGGAGGAGGUACUUCCGAUACUAGACUUGGUAUCUUUGGUAGUCAUACAACGCAUGCUUGGCCAAGAUACUUGGAGGAGGUUGUUAGUUGUUUUCAAGAUGAUACGCAAAUUGACGAAAGAAUUUUGGCAAAUGAUGUUGGAGAGAGUGGAACGUGGUGGAAGUGUUGCAAUAUUGGAAUUGGUGCCAUG